UCACAAAAACAUCAUGUGCUUUUUCCUGGGAAACAUAAUUUUUAUUAAGUUAUAUUUUGAAUUCUAAAAGUGAUACUACACUUUUGCUUCCACUGACACAAGAGUCACAUUACUCAAUGUUUCUCAAAUUCUGUUUAAUAAAAUGUCCAUCUGUUUAUUACUGUCAGGAGUCCUUAGAUGAAUGGCGAUCCUUACGUUGUCAGCAGGAUCAAGAGUACCAGGAGUCUUUGCUUGCAGAUCAAGAAAAGCAUAAUAUGCAGAAGCAUUCUUUGGAAAAUGAAGAAAGACGUAGAAAGGCUAUACAUGAGAGACAGUUGAGAAUGGCUGAUGUUCCUGAGCCAGCUGAUGGUGUUCCACUCAGAUUUAAGUACCCCAGUGGCAUUACAAGAACAAGAAAAUUUGUUCUGUCUGAAUCCAUUCAGAUAUUAUUUGAUUUUGUCGGAGAAGAUGAUGAUGCUACAGAGUAUUUUCACAUUCAAGAUGCUCUGUCAGUAACAACUCUUAAAAGCAACAUGACUGAAACACUUUUGGGGAACAAUAUCAAUGGUUCAAGAACACUUUACAUCCACUGGAUUCAAAUUGAUGAUUUGGAGUUUGUCCCAGCACUUGAUUCCAACAAUCAAGCUGAAUCUCCCAGUGUCAGCAACCAGUUCUUUCCAAUGCCAGCAACUUCUUUUUCUUUGCCAUCAUCACCUACUUUUUUACCAGAGACGGACAGCUCAUUCUUUCAUGAAGGGUAUGUUGUUUUGCAAAUGUUUUUAGUAACAUAUCUUUUAAAGAUUAUUCCUCCGUUAUAAUAUCCCCUGUUUUUUGUCUUGACACACAGUGUAAAUAAAACUUAUUUAAAGGAACCGUAUGUAAGAAAUGUAUAUUAAUUAAUCAUAAUAUGGCCCUGAUAUGUCACCAGACAUUAAGAAAUCAUUUUCAUUUCAAACAGGGCUUUGAACCAGAAUUUUUUCCCAAUUGGUUCGUUCCCAACAGAAACAGUAUUUUAACGUUUCCGGUUUUCGGUUCAACCCUAAAGUUGACAUUCCUGAACCGGUUAGAACAAAAAAAUAAAGUUCCUGAACCGGUUAAUAACGUUCCAUGUCAGCUGUGGGACAUACAAAUAAGUAGGCUGAUCAUUAGGACAUUAAACUUUAAUUAUAAGUCUACAUAAUUUUCCUUAAGUGUCAUCAAACAUUAAAAAAGGCUACAUUAUGUAAGCGGCAUAACUGUUAUUCUGACAUGCCUACAUUUGUUGAGUGCACUUAAACAUGCGCACACACACAGACAGAGGACAAAUUCCAAACAGCGCUUCGGGAAGAAGAUGCGGCAAAAACAGUUGCUCCACAUAAAGUGAA